GGCGUAUUCAUAUUGAUUGCCAACCCUGGACGGCCUCGCGAGUGGGGCUGGAUAGAGGGCGGGAGAGGGGGAGAUGACGACUUCGCGAAAUAAACGGCGCUCGCUUUCGCGCGAAAAUCAAUAUGACGCGGGUAAAAUUCGAAUCACGUGCUCGGAAAAUAUGUGGGAUAUAUCUGGACAGUCAAGGUUUCUUUACCCCUACAGAAAGAAACGUGAUUGAUUGACGAAGGCUCUGACGAAGGUUAUCGCUCUUGCGAGAGAAAUGGCCACGCAACGUGCGCUUCCACAAAGUAAAGAAGCUUUAUUGAAAUCGUACAUGACAAGGUUGAAGGACGAUGUGAAGUCGAUGCUAGAAAACUUCGAAGAAAUAAUUAAACUCGCGAAAGGAGAAAAUGACUCACAACUAUCUCGGAUGACACAAUGCGAACAAGACACAUACGAGAUGCAUGUCAGAGCGGCCAAUAUUGUGCGCGCUGGCGAAUCGUUAAUGAAACUAGUCUCCGAUAUAAAGCAGUAUUUAAUCCUGAAUGAUUUCCCCUCUGUAAACGACGCCAUAAUACAAAAUGGCAAGUUAUUUAGGACUAAACAAGUGGAAUGUGAUCAAAAAUUGGCAUCUCUGAGGGACGACAUGGCUGCGGAUUUGUAUGAUUUGGAAGAGGAAUAUUAUACUUCGAUAUAUAAAUAACAUUAGUUUAGAAUUUUGUAAUAUAUAUGAGACUGUGUUAUAAUUUGAAUCACGAUUCGUUAAAGUGGUUUAUCAACUUGUACAAAUGAAAUCAUUAAUAUCUUAACUCUUUUUUAAACAUACAUGUGCAUAUUGCAUAUUUAAAUAAAUAAAAUUAAUUUUCUA